CGCUCGCUUGGCAUAACUGUUUAAAUUGGUUUUUAUUUUCUUUUUGGCGUGGCAUCGGACAAGAGCGGUAGUGUUUUCGUACGUUAGUUUCCAAACGCAUUCACGUCAAAAGGGAUUUUCUCUUUGUGUAUUAUUUCAAUCAGUGAUAUCAAAAUGAGACCCCAACAAAAUGGAGAUGACGGUUUUGAUGAGCCAGAAGUUCACCGCAAGAUCUUUAUUGGCGGACUAAAUUACCGCACUACAGACGAAUCUCUAAAAUCCCAUUUUGAAAAAUGGGGGGAAAUUGUGGACGUCGUGGUUAUGAAAGAUCCAAAAACGAAAAGAUCUCGCGGUUUCGGAUUCAUCACUUACUCCAAGGCACACAUGGUAGAUGACGCACAGAACAAUAGGCCACAUCGAAUCGAUGGCCGCGUUGUUGAAACAAAACGUGCUGUCGCACGUCAAGACAUCAAAAAUCCGGAGGCAGGAGCUACAGUCAAGAAACUGUUUAUUGGUGGAAUUAAAGAUGACCAUGAUGAAGAACAGCUGAGGGAAUAUUUCUCUGCCUAUGGCACUGUACAGAAUGUCAGUGUUGUAACAGACAAGACUACUGGAAAGAAGCGUGGAUUUGGAUUUGUGGAAUUUGAUGAUUAUGACCCUGUUGAUAAAGUUUGCUUGAAUGCUCCUCAUAAAAUUAAUGGAAAACAAUUGGAUGUUAAGAAAGCCUUACCUAAAGAUGGGUCUGACCAGAGAGGUGGAGGCAGACAAGGUGGUGGUGGUCGUAAUGACAGCUGGGGCAAUUCCGGUGGAUAUGGAAACAACCAGGGAGGAGGCUGGAACAAUUCUAAUCCUUGGGACAACAACCAAGGUGGUUGGGGUAACCAGGGUGGCGGCUACGGGGGUGGGAACAGUGGCAGGGGAGGUUGGGGUAACCAAGACUUUGGUAGCUACGGCCAACAGAGUUAUAGUGGUGGCCCAACCAGAAACCAACAGUACAGUAAUAACCGUUCUGCACCCUACAAUAUGAACCAGGGUGGUGGCGGCGGCGGCGGAAACUACGGUGGAAGCUAUGGCGGAGGACAGGGGGGCAACCGUGGAGGCAGAUUCUAAACUAUGUUUCGUGCUAAGUACACUAGUAAAGCAGUGUUAGUGCUAGUGUAGGCAGUACGCUCCGGGAGCACUAGAUACACACGUCUGGUCCACACGCGAGACCACCUAGGAGAAGCCGUCAGGAAACCUUUAGACAUGUAGUUGGAGCUCUUUGACUCAUUAUUUUAUAGAGAAUUCUAGAAUAUCUAAAAUAUGUACUGAUUUGUAAGUCUUCUAUUUAUUGUAGUACUUGGGUACUUACCGUGACAUACUUAUAAGAAAAUAGAUUGUAAAACGAGAAUAGUUACUUUUAUACGAAUAAUUAAGUACAAUUUAGGAUUAUAUCUGUUAGAUCUCCACCUGAAAGUAGCCGCUAGGUGAACUUGAUGACCAUAGAAUGAUUUAAAAGAAAUAAUUUUUUCCAGACAUUUCUCAGUAUUAAGUUCUCAAAUAGCUGUUAAAUCAAAUUAGGUUAUAGAAUUAUGACUAUAGGAUUAAUUUAAUGUAAAAUAAAAUGAAAUAAAAAAUCAGUAGGGGUUUUUCUUUAGAACUUGUAAAUAUUCCUUAUUUUGUUAGUGAUGUCAGCAUUAAGACUACAACCUGUCAAUGCUGUCAAACGUGUAAUUGUUUUUGUUAAAAUUUUAUUUUUUUCGUUAUCUCGAGUAAUCUCGUAUCCGAAAUUUCUCCUGCUUUGUUUCUACACAUUCCUUUCAUUAUUGAGAAUCCAGCAAUGAGAGAAUUUGUUUUAUUAUUCACACAAAUUUAAAGCCGUAGAACUGUUAGGAAUGAGGUCAUAUAUAACGGUACAUUUUUCUAUAGGUACUUACAUAGCUGUGUUCAUAGCGGUACUUAUUUUUUUUGUAAACUUAGUAGCGCCAUCUGUAAUUUAACACAAAAGAUAUAGUUGCGCUAUAAGGAAAAUAGAUGUCUCUCCAAUAAAUAUUGAAAUUCUAUUUGAAAAUAUUGUUUUAAAAAUUAAGAAUUAUUUGAAAUUCUAAUAAUAUUAGCUUGUCUAAAAUUGGUUCCAAUUUCGGGAAAAAGAGCAAUUUAAGUAUUCGAUUUCUUUCUAAUAAAAUUAUUUCAUACUAUUCACUAUAAUAUUUUUUGUUUAUCAUAACCUAGCAAUCCCCAUUUACCAGAGAAUCUGCAGCGGAUUCUACUAGGCUUUCAGCACCUACAGUUAGCAGAUUGAAAGUUAAUAAAAUUUAAUAUUAUUGAAAGGUAGGUAAUAAAAUCCAAAAUGUUAUCAAAAUUCAGUACACAGGUAUCUAUUUUGAUUAUAUCUGGUAAAAUGUGUCAGAAUUUCAGGUUAUUUUAGUCCAAAAACUUCAGAACAGAACAUCAACAUUUUAGUAUAGGUUAUGGUGCCAACUAGCAUUUUAGCACCAUGGCAUAUUGGACCAGCGCGGCAGUUUCGCGUCUUCCUCUUUCUAGGUAGGGUUUAAUUAGGAGUAGCCUGCUGCCAGGAAGUUGUUUAGGCUUCCCUUACGCCAUAAAAUAGGUAAACCAAAUAACUACAUAUUAAAAAUACGCAUGUCAUAUAAUUUCUUUUCAACGGCGUAGUUUUUUUCUGGGAUUAAUAUUGUGAUCCUGUAACAUCCUGACGAGGCAGUUAAGGGGUUUUUGUCGGUCUACAUUUUUUUGGCAGUGCCAGAAUAUGGUAUGUUACCAACGAUUGCAGGUAAUACCAAUAGGCACCUCUUGGUAGGCCGCAUACCAGGAUAAGUAAAAUAUAUAGCCGACUAGAGGCCGCCCGCGACUUCGUCCGCAUGGAAACCCUAUCAAUCCCGCGGGAACUCUGGGAUAAAAAGUAGCCUAUGUGUUAUUCUGGGCCUUCAGCUACCUACAUACCAAAUUUCAUGGUAAUCGGUUCAGUAGUUUUUGCGUGAAAGAGUAACAAACAUCCAUACAUCCAUACAAACUUUCGCCUUUAUAAUAGUAGUAGGAUAUAGCCGAUAACCUUAUGCGUUUAGUUUAGUUAACUCGGACUGUUGAAGGGAAGAGUUUUAAACUUCUUAAUUCCAUCUUUCCAUCUAUUUUGCGCAGCAGUGCUUUUGAAUUAUUUUAUUCAUCCUAUGUACAAACUAUAAAAAAAUAAAAGUACAUGUUACGAUUUCAUCUACACAUCUUUAGCAACUGUUCCCACCUACACCACAUCUUGAUUGAUACACAUUAAAACAUAGGUACCAUGGAUUCAUGUAUUUUCAUAUAAAAUAAACCUGAUUUCUUAAUUCCUAUAUACUUUUUUCUUCACUUUAUAUAAGGCAUCCACGAUUAUGUUUUACUUUUCAUUUCUAAUGAGUUAUUUUUAUUUCCAUGGCGAACUUCGGAGACACCGGGGUUCUGUCCAGGCCAGAUUCUUUCAGUUGAAGGUAAGUCAUGUGUUAUUGUAACUAACGUGUUGUUAUAUCUUUGUGAUCAGCAUUUUAUUUAUUUACAAUAAACAUUUUUGAAUA